ACGUUUGUCUGACCCGUUGCACAUGUGAGAGCGCAAUGAAGGGAAAGCAGUGUUGAUCAAACUUUAAAACAUAGCAGAAUAAUCAUCACAUUAAAAGAGAAUCAGACAUGAAGAAGAAGCAGACGGUUGCUGAGGAGCCAGCAGAGAUGAUUCCCUCUGAGAGUCACGAGGAGGAGGAAAACGAGGCUCCCAUUAAAGCCAAAAGGAGCAAACCUGAGGAGGCUGGAGGGGAGAAGGAGGCCUACCACCCGGUGAAGAUGUCCCGAAGUGAUCUGUACAGACCUCCUACUGCAGAGGAGCUGAACCAGCUGAAAGAGGCUGAAAGCCUGUUUCACUGCAGCCUGCUCAAGAUGCAGAUGGAAGAGCUGCUGAAAGAGGUCGCCCUGAGUGAGCGUAGGAAACAGCAGAUAGAUUCCUUCAUUCAGACAGUCACCAAGCUGCUCCAGACCGUACCAGAUUCACCAGAGGUGGAGGUCAGUGACCCGUCAUGGCUGUCAAGUGCAGUCAAGGUCCCUUUCCUCCUGAUGCCGAAAACAACAAAAGGCAAGUUCCACAUGGCCCCCCCUGCUUCUGUUGAUCUGAUCGGCAGCUACCCCCUGGGCACCUGCACCAAACCACGCAUCAUGGUGGACCUGGCUUGCACAAUCCCAGCUGAUGUCCUCCACCCAAAGGACGUUGUGAACCAGAGGUAUCCGAGGAAAAGGGCUCUUUACCUGGCCGGCCUGGCACAAUAUCUUGCAUCCUCCUCUGACAUCGGAAGCAUGCGUUACUCUUGUCUGCAUGGCAAUCGACUCCGACCCGUUCUGCUGCUUACCCCUCCAGGUAAAGACUCUCCCAGCUUCACCUUACGUGUUCAUGCAUGUCCGCCUCCUGGAUUCUUCAAGCCCAGCCGUUUCCACCCGCAGAGGAAUAAUAUCCGGACAGAGUGGUACAGCGAGUUGCAGACCUCCCAGGGUGAGAGCAGCGAACCUCCCACUCCGCAUUACAAUAGUUCUGUUCUGGGGGAUUUACUGCCCAGGGCUCACCUCCAGUUUCUUUCUGCUGUCAGCUCCCAGUGCUCCGCUUUUGCUGAUGGAGCCGCUUUGCUCAAAGUCUGGCUUCGGCAAAGAGAGCUCGACCAGGGCACUGGUUGUUUUAAUGGCUUCCUGGCUUCAAUGUUGUUGGCUUAUCUGCUGACAACGCACAGAAUCAGUAACUCUAUGACAGCCUAUCAGAUGCUUCGAAACAGCUUGAACUUCCUGGCAUCUACAGACCUGACAGUGAAUGGAAUUAGCCUAGCCAGAGAUCCUGACUCUACAGCUCCAUCUCUUGCAGACUUCCAUAAUGCUUUCCAGGUUGUGUUUGUUGACCCCUCAGGACAUCUCAACAUGUGUGCUGACAUGACUGCUUGUACCUACAAACAGCUGCAGCACGAGGCAUCUGUAUCGAUGCAGUUCUGGGACAACCCUACGGUGGAUGGCUUCCACAGCCUUCUCAUGACACCCAAACCAAUGAUAAGGACAAGUGACCACGUAUUCCAGUUAUGUGAGCUGGUGAAGCUUCAGUCCAGCUGUAAGAAAAUGAAUCUCCUCAGUGAGCUGAUGGACCACAGUGGGAACUAUGUCCACACUGCACUCCCUUUUAUUUUGUCACUGCUUCAGAGUGGACUGGGCCAAAGGAUCCACCUCCUCACCCACUCCCUCUCGCCCGACCCUGAGUGGUCUGUGGAGAGUGACGCCCCGAAACACAAAGCUCAACCUCCCCUCUCCUUUGGUUUGCUCUUAAAUCCGGAGCUGGCAGCCUCCGUCCUGGAAAAAGGCCCAGCUGCUGACAGCCCCAAGGCGGCUGAGUUCCGUCAGCUGUGGGGUUCUCGCUCCGAGCUGCGUCGCUUCCAGGAUAGUUCCAUCACCGAGGCCGUGCUGUGGGAUGGAGAGAGCAUGUGCCAAAAGAGACUGGUCCCCAGACAGAUAAUUACACACCUGCUACAGCUGCAUGCAGAUCUCCCUGCGUCCUGUGUGCGCUAUGUGGGGGCGCUGGUGGAUGACGUCAUCAAAACAGGAAGUGAGGUGCCUAGUACCGGAGAGGAGGAGAGUUUACUAGUGGUUCAGUCCUAUGAUGACCUGAGCAGAAAACUGUGGAGGCUGGAAGGUCUGCCUCUCUCCAUCACAGCAGUGCAAGGAGCCCACCCUGCACUGAGAUACACACAGGUCUUUCCCCCUGUGCCACUGAAGGUGGACUAUUCCUUCUUUGACCGAGAAAAGACUUCCAGAUCAUUGGUGCCAAAGGAAGGCAAACCUUGCCCGGCUUAUAUCACCCCUAUCACAGUGAUUUGUCACAUGGAAGGGAGUGGAAAGUGGCCUCACGAUCGUCUCGCCAUCCGCCACAUUCGAACGGCCUUCCACAUCCGCCUGGGAGAGUUACUCAAGAAGCAGCAUAAUUAUACAUGCAAGCCCUGCCCGACUCACCUAGAUGUCCAUAAGGAUGGCUUGGUGUUCCGCGUCCAUGUGGCAUACCAUCGUGAGCCUCUGGUGCUGAGGGAGAGUGUGAAUGCCGAGGGGCUGCUGGUUGUAAGGGACAACGAGGAGGCUCAGGCUCUGGAGAUGGCCACCAUUCAUAAGCCUCUACUUACCAGCACAUUGCAUGGGCUCCAGCAGCAGCACCCUUGUUUCGGGGGAGUGUGUCGCCUGGCCAAACGCUGGCUCGGGGCUCAGCUCUUCAGCGAAGACAUCACAGAGGACACAGCAGACCUGCUGGUGGCGUCGCUUUUCCUGCAGCCUGCACCCUUUACUCCUCCGGGUUCUCCUCAGGUCGGCUUCCUUCGUUUCCUUCAUCUGCUCUCCUCAUUUGACUGGAGGAACAACCCGCUGGUAGUCGACCUAAACAACCAGCUUGCAGCCAGCGACUACACAGAGAUCAAGAAUGACUUCAUGGCCUCCAGGGAGUCUCUGCCUGUUUUGUUCAUAGCUACGCCUAAAGACAAAAACCAAUCCCUGUGGACCAAGCGAGCACCUAGUGUAACGAUGCUGCAGCGUGUGGUGAUGGUGGCUGCAGAGAGUCUGAAGUUACUGGAACAGCAGCUGAUGGACAGAGACCAAAUACAAGAUGUCAGGGUGGUCAUGCGCCCUCCUCUGGAUGCCUACGAUGUGUUGAUUCACCUGAACCCAAAGCAGGUGCCCCUGCUCACCCAGGCAGUGGACCCUCCCACUGUCACCUUCAGCAGGGGCAUCAUGGCUGGCAAUGUGGCCCAGUCUGGAGGGGCCCUGCCUGUCAUCGACUACAACCCCGUGUCCCUCUACCUGGCAGAGCUCAGAGAGGCUUUCGGAGACCUAGCGCUCUUCUUCUGUGAUCCCUAUGGCGGAACAGUGAUUACAGUUUUAUGGAAGCCAAAGGCCUUCAUCCAAAUGCCCUUUAAGACGUCACAAAUGUCUGCUCGGAGGGUGGAGGUGACUGGGGAGGAAGCAAAUACCAUUCCUAACAUCGAAGCAAUCCUGGAGGACCUCCGGGUCAUGGGAGAGGGCUUAAUCAAGUCAGUGGAAGCCAGGACUGAAAAAUGGUCAUUCUAGACACGCCAAAUAUGACUAUGUGCAUUUCAUUGAAAAAACAGAACAAUGGAAAAAUGAAUUAAUUUUCAGAUGAAUUCUUGUUAACAAUAUUAUCAGUUAUUAAUGUGGUUAAAGAUAAGCCACAUGUUUGUUUUGGCAAAGCCGCAUCAUGUCUAAUAAAUUCAUAUGUACUCUCUGAAUUUCUUUUUUGAAU